CUUUUAUUUCUUCUGCAAAAUCUACUGUUAAAGAAAUGGAGGCAGAUCAGUUGUCGUUGAGAACCAAUGGUAACUGACACUUUAAACUACCCAGGUUGGAGUUACCCAGAUAUAAUGGUGAGAUAAAAACGUGGUUAAAAUUCUGGUCUCAGUUUAAAAAGAUACAUAUGGAUGACCAGAUUGAUGAUGAUGACAAAUUUCACUAUCUGCUCCAAUGCAUGGAAGUAGGGUCGGUAGCUAGAGAAUUUUUAGAAAGUUUCCCACCAUCAGGUGAGAAUUAUAGUAUUGCUAUAGAGCAACUUAAAUAUCGAUUUGCAAAAGACGAAAUGAUAAUAGAAUACUAUGUGAGGGAAUUAAAUCUUGUUCUGGCGCAAGCUAAAGGUGUACAGAAGGGAUCAAUUCGUAGAUUAUAUGAUUCUCUGACGACACAAAUAUUAGCACUAGAAUCUAUGGGAGUAACCCAAGAGAAAUAUUCUGCAUUUUUAUUGCCGUUGGUAGAAUCUGCUUUACCAGAUGAGACAUUGAAGGCGUGGAAUAGAUCACAGGCAAAUAAUAGGGGUGAUGAAAAAUUUAGUCCAUUAUCUAGAUUACUGAAUUUUGUCAAGUCGGAAGUCGAGUCAGAAGAGAGAAUACGUUUGUCUCGCUUCAAAGACUCAGAUAACUAUUGUAGACAAGAUUUUAAUAUAUCUUCUGCUGCAUGUUUAAACACAACGCAUAAUAAAGACAGUAAGAAAAGAUUAAAUACAGGUAACCAAUACGAACGUAAAGAAAAGACUUGUAUUUGGUGCGAUAGACUGUCACAUACUAGCUCAGAAUGUACUACUGCAAUUGGUAAAAACUUAGAAGAGCGAAAGGAAUUUUUAAAAUCGAAGAAUGCUUGUUAUAUAUGUCUUAACAUCGGACAUUCUGCCAAGCGAUGUAGGAAGUAUCCUAAAUGUGUUAUCUGCACCAAAAGACAUUUUCCAUUAAUGUGCAAUGAUAUAAAAAAGUCGAUUGCAGGCACUACCAUUGCUAGUACGCCACAAGAAUCUCAGUCGGUACUAAAUCAGAGUGACCUUUCAAAUAAUAAAACAGUUUUAUUACAAACUCUGGGAGUAAAAAUCUGUAAUGGAGAUGAGAAUAUCACAGUAAGAGUUCUUCUGGAUAGUGGUGCCCAACAAACAUUUGUUACUAAAGAUAUUAUUUGUAGACUGAAAUUAAAAGCAUGUGAUAUGGAGGAAAGUGAAAAUAACCUAAGUCAAUUGGAUGGCAAUAUCUUGUCGUCUCGGUGGCGAUAUAGAAAAAAAAUUAAGUGGCGAUUUAAAACAGCGUUUUGGAAAUGAAUAUUUAUCACUCUGAUUCAAAGGGGAUGUAAAGACAAGAAUCACACAUAUAAAAUUGGAGAUGUUAUUUUGGUCGGAUGUGAUAAUAUUAAAUGUUUGUAUUGGUCAUUAGGCGUAAUUUUAAGAUAUAUCCAGGUAUUGAUGGAUGUCUUAAAGUUGCUAAAGUAAAAACUGCUAAGGGUGAGUGUAUAAGGCCUAUACAGUGGUUGUAUGCGUUAGAGGUUGAAUCAGACGAAUUUGCAGAAAUUAAGAGCAAUACACACAGUGUCGAUACUAUAAGUAAAAUUUCUGAGCAAUUGCCUCGUGUCACACGCACUGGUCGUUUAGUCAAAAUACCUAACCGUCUAGAUUUGUGAUGUUGUGAGACUUGUAAUGUUAUAUGAAAUGUAGUUUUUGUAUGUUUGUCUAUCUUGCGAUAUCAUCGCAAGGGGGGGAGUAUGUUGAGGUUUUAUUUAAAUUAUUUUUAAAGAUAGAAUUUAUUAUUUUUUCUUGUUAUGUCAAUUGAGUAUUUUGUUUAUUAGAGAAACGUCAUUACCUUUUAAAAACAUCUAUUUUUGUACUAGGGAACAAUAUUAUAUAUCUUUAUUCAGUAU